AUGCUGUCUGCUAUCCUCAGCCUCCUGGUCGUCCUACCCGCGGCGUUUGCCUGGUGCAAUGACACCAGUACCAAUACCACCGUUAAUGCUACGGAGGUGUCUCACCGAGUCGUCGCAUACUGGGGCAAAUUUCACGAAGAUGAUGGUGGCAGUGGCGGACCCUAUCUACCUCUCCUGCCUGUGAUUCAGAAUAAUUCUGGUAUCACUGACCUGCUCUUGUUCGUCUGCGACAUUCACAACAACACGCCCUACCUCACUGUGGGAGGCGAUGCUCCUGAUAACACGACCUGGUUGCCAACUGCGUUCUGGGAUGACGUUCACACUCUGCAGGAGAACAACGUGAACGUUCUGGCCAGUUUCGGAGGUUACGAGUCCAACAUGUUCCUGCUCAUGGAACAGGACUUCGACUUUUACUAUCCAAUUCUGCGCACUUUCCUCAAGAACUACAGUCUCAGCGGUAUCGACCUCGACAUCGAACCCAGCACCAACACGUUGACCUCGUUUGCCAAGGGCGAGACAAUUCUAAGACUACUGAAAUGCCUCAACCGAGACUUCGGUUCUGACUUUUUGAUUUCGAUGGCACCGGUGGCUGUUGAUCUGACGGGACAAUACAAUCCCGAAUUCUUCUCUGGCUUCAACUAUCAGAUCAUGGAUGACAUGGCGGUCGAUGAGCAAGGGAAUCACAUUGUCAGCUGGUACAAUGGCCAAUUCUACAAUGGGUACGGGGAUUGCAACAGCACAGCUGUGUACGACCAAGCAGUCAAAUAUGGUGGUUACGACCCAUCACGGAUCGUCUGGCUGGUCGCAGCAGACUAUAUCGAUGCUAGCGUCUGGUGCAACAUCACAGAGCUUGAGAGGGUCGCCGGGGAGCUUGCAAUGAACUACACCAACCUUGGAGGAGUCGGAGGAUACGAGUACUACUACGCUGGGUCGUCAGAUGACAUCACCCCUACAGAGUGGUAUGCGAGCAUGGCAGCAGCCAUCGGCAAUGCGGUCGGGGCCUGA